UCAUUAAAGCAUGUGCUGUUUAGUUUUGGUCUCAUCCUUAAAUUAUGCACAUUCACGUCUCCAUCUAAAUCCUCAUCCUGCUCUCAACAUAAACUGAUAAAACAACACAACACACUCUACUCUGGCUCUCCCUCCACCACCGCAGGCCAUGGCCGCCGGAGCCGCGCCGGUACCGGCGCCGAGGCCGAAGCGGCCUCGGCCUCCGUCGGGGCGCACCAACCUCGCCUCCUGCGUGGUGGCCACCAUCUUCCUAAUCUUCAUCGUCAUCGUCAUCCUCAUUGUCUACUACACCAUCUUCAAACCCCAGGACCCCAAAAUUGCCGUUAACGCCGUCCAGCUCCCCUCCUUCUCCGUCGCUAACGGCACCGUCAACUUCACCUUCUCCCAGUACGCCUCCGUUAGAAACCCUAACCGCGCCGCAUUCUCGCACUACGACAGCUCCCUCCAGCUCAUCUACUCCGGCAGCCAGGUCGGCUUCAUGUUCAUCCCCGCCGGCGAGAUCGACGCCGGCCGGACGCAGUACAUGGCCGCCACCUUCUCCGUCCAGUCCUUCCCCCUCUCGGCGCCGCCUCGAAUGGGCCCCACAUUGGCCAACGGCGACGGAGUGGGCUUCAACUAUGGGCUUAGGGUUGAGCCCACUUUGGAAAUCGAGUCUAAGUUGGAGAUGGCGGGGCGCGUCAAAGUGUUGCACUUUUUCACCCAUCACGUUUACGCCAAAGCCGGUUGCAGGGUUGCCAUUGCCGUAACUGAUGGAUCUGUCUUAGGUUUUCACUGCUAAUUUUUUUUUUUUUAACUCUAGACUUUUUAAUAGUAAAAAAGUAACUAUAUAAAUUACUGUAGUUGUUAGUCAUGUUAAGUAACCAAACCAAGGCGUCCCGAUUAUAAUUGUAAAGACGAUUUUUCAAUUUUCCUUCUCCAAUGCAAAGUUUCGCCAUUUUUUGUUCGUCGAAUCGGGAAA